AUGGGAGCUGGAGUAUCAGUUGUCGGAGGUGUCGGUGGGGGUUUGGGUCACUGUUGGUAUGUGUGGAUGAGUGGUGGAAGGGGCAUUUGUUGGGCAACAAGAUUAGCCAGUGUGAGGCUGGGCGGUGUGGAGAGUGGAAGCUUGGGCAAGAGACACAUCAGGGAAAGAAAUGAAGGGGGUGAGGUUGUUUGUGGCUGUCGUGAAAGCUUGGGCAAGAGAUACAUCAUGGACGGUUUUGUUCAUCAAGUAGUCAUGGUCUUGGUGGAGACUAUGGUGUUCCGUAAAGGCUAUCGUGAAUUGGUGGCCAAGAAAACAAAGAUUGAAUCAGAUGUGAUCACAAUCUAUUUGUACAUCUCAGAAACCAAUAAAGAGCAGCCAAAACCUAAAGAAACAACUACUCAAAGAUUUACAAAAUCAACACCUAAAGAAACAACUACUCAAAGAUUUACAAAAUCAACAGCAAGAAGACAAACUAAAAAAGUACAAAAAAGAAAAAGAAAAAGAAAAACCUACCAAAAAAAACCUAACGAAAUCAAAACAAGAAGAAAAUCACCAAGAAUUAUAGCUGAAAAAGAACAAAACAUAGAAGCGCCUAAAGAGAAACAACCAAAAAAAUCACCAAAAAAGAUUUUUGAAAAAGAACAAAACAUAGAAGUGCCUAAAGAGAAACAACCAAGAAAAUCACCAAGAAAGAUUUCUGAAAAAGGACAAGAGAAGAAAAACGAAUCAAAAAAGAAAAGAAAAGCUGAAGAUUCAGUUUCCGAAACAAAAGUGACUAAAAAAAAGAAAGAAGAACACUAUAAACAAAACAAAGACAAGAAUAAUCACAUAUCAGAUUAA